AUGGCUCAAUCAAACGCCCGUUCAGCACGAGCUUCCAAAAUCCUAGAAACAGGUCCAUUAGACCCUGCCGAAGCCAGAUGGAUACGACUGGGAAAAAUCACCUACACAGAUCCUCUAGGCGUGAAACGAGUAUGGGAAACCGCUGAGCGGCAGACACGCCCCAAAAACAGCACCAUCGACGGAGUUGGCAUAAUCGCCAUCCUGGAUACACCCCACGGCCCCGAAAUCCUCCUUCAAAAACAAUACAGACCUCCCAUCGACAAGGUCUCCAUCGAAGUACCUGCGGGCUUGGUCGAUGAGGGCGAAACACCCGAACAAUGCGCCGUGAGGGAACUCAAGGAGGAGACGGGUUAUGUAGGUGUUGUCGAGAAGACGAGUACGGUCAUGUUUCACGACCCAGGCCUCACAAACGCAAACUCAAGCCUCGUCCACAUACGGAUCGACAUGAGUCUUCCAGCCAACCAGAAUCCUGUCCCGGAACUGGAAGAGAAUGAAUUCAUAGAAUGUUUUACGGUUCCGCUUGCCACAUUAUACGAGGAGACGAAGAGACUUGAAGAAGAAGGGUAUGGGAUUGAUGCGCGUGUGGGCACGUUGGCGGAGGCUAUUGAGCUGGGGAAGAAGUACAGGUUUUUAUCUCCAUGGGAUUGA